CCCAUCUUGAUUUCCGGUGCCCGUUAGUCUCGGGGACGGGGUUUCGGCGGAAUGGCGGCCGGACCGAUCAGUGAGAGGAACCAGGAUGCGACAGUAUAUGUGGGUGGUCUGGAUGAAAAGGUGAACGAGCCGUUGCUGUGGGAGCUCUUCCUGCAAGCUGGGCCGGUGGUUAACACCCAUAUGCCGAAGGACAGAGUGACUGGGCAGCAUCAAGGAUAUGGCUUUGUGGAAUUCCUGAGUGAGGAGGAUGCAGACUACGCCAUCAAGAUCAUGAAUAUGAUCAAACUGUACGGAAAGCCAAUCAGGGUCAACAAGGCCUCAGCUCACAACAAGAAUCUAGAUGUUGGUGCCAACAUAUUCAUAGGCAACCUGGACCCGGAGAUCGAUGAGAAACUCCUGUACGAUACUUUCAGUGCUUUUGGGGUGAUCUUGCAGACACCCAAGAUUAUGCGGGACCCUGACACUGGCAAUUCCAAAGGCUACGCCUUCAUCAAUUUUGCCAGUUUUGAUGCCUCUGACGCUGCCAUCGAGGCGAUGAACGGGCAGUACCUGUGUAACCGGCCGAUCACCGUCUCCUACGCCUUUAAGAAGGAUUCCAAGGGCGAGAGGCAUGGCUCCGCAGCUGAACGCUUGCUGGCUGCACAGAACCCUCUGUCACAGGCCGACCGGCCUCACCAGCUGUUUGCUGAUGCUCCUCCUCCUCAGGCCUCUCAGGGUAAUGUUGUAUCCAGCUUGGCAGCAGGAGUGCCUCCCCCAGGUAUGCCACACCCAGGAUCAUUCCCGCCUCCAGUGCCUCCACCAGGGGCAAUCCCACCAGGGAUGCCCCCGGCAAUGCCACCUCCAAUGCCACCCAGCACAUCCGCGCCGGGACCACCAGCGUCUGGCCCACCUGGGACAACGCCGCACCACGUGGGCCCUCCGUUCCCUCCGGGAGGUAUGCCCCACCACGGAAUGCACCCAAUGCAGGUGCCACACCAUGGACCACACAGUAUGGCUCCCCUGUCUGGGGGGCCAGCACAGAACGCUCCUCACCGACCUCCCCCUCCUGGAAUGCAGCAUCACAACCCUCCUCCCAUGGUGAUGCCCCCUCGCGGACCCCCAUUUGGACAUCACAUGGGUAAGGAGGGGCUCUGUGUGGGAUCGACAGUCUGGGGAAAUAUUCCGACGGUGAUGUGGCAGAACAAGUUGAGGAAGAUGCUAAAGUUCUCAGGCUCAGGACCACCCCCACAUGGAAUGCGUGGGCCCCCACCUCCAAUGCCCCCGCCCGGGUUCAAUGGCCCACCACGUCCUCCACAUUUUGGAUUUGCGCGCGGCCCGCUCAUGCCCCCACGCGGUGGGACCCGGCUCCCACUGCCCCCGCGAGGAUUACCGCGAGGACCCCUCCAGCCUCAGUAAGGGUGACCACUGCCUGCCCGAGGGAGCCCCGGCAGCUCCUCCCGGAGCUGUCUUUGUCAGUAAAGACACUGUCUGGAUCAGGAUGCUGUUGUAGCUGCUACAAACCGGAUCACAUCAAUGGCUUCCCGUGCUCCGCGGCUUCACACACAGCCCGCGCGGUGGGUCACUGUGGGGGGAGGGUUGUGUCACUCUAACCAGGUAACAGGGUAGUCGCUCUCUCUGUCCCUCUGGGCUGUGAGGGCUGUUAGCUGGUUAGUGGAGACUGGUCCUGAGUUGCUGUACGUCUGUUCCCUCUGGGACUGAAGAUUUCAUGAUUUAGUCUCUGCCCACCCUACGGGCUGCGUGUAAAUCCGAGGAUUAACAUUCCUGGCUUCCCUGAUCCACCCCGAUCUCUCCGAGAGAGGGGUCAUGCUAUUGCUGUUACAGUGACGGGUGAUGGUAGAGGUCAGCCCAGCCUCAGGGAGGGGGUUAAGAGGUUAGCUCUGGGUCUGGGGGGUGGUUAGAGGU